GGUUUGAGAUGUUGACAUCAAUUCAUAUGAAAUGAUUUAAUCAACUUGAACUGAAUUAAAAGAUACAUAGGGGUUUAGUCCCUAAACUUUGAAGUGAAAAACGUCUGUAGGUUUGUGCCUGACAACAUUCAUUUACUUCGAAAUGUCAUCUAGGCCACUUCCUUCCGGUCUACAAGUGUCAGUCAAAAUGACGCUAAAAUAUCGUGUGCGAAAUGUGCUCGUUCUGGGGGCCCUUGUUGGCGGAAUAUGUGUUACGCUUUAUCCAAUCAUGGUUCAACCAUUCAUGCACCCGGAAGAAUGGCAGAAAAUACAGAAAACUGCAAGAGCAGGUAUCGACCGGGAGUCUAUACAGCCUGGAGGAAUGAAGGUUUGGAGUAACCCUUUCGACAAGAAGAAUUAAGCGCUUUGCAAGUACUAAGAUUUUAGGCUGUGAGCAAGAGACACCGGACAUGAAGGAGACUAUUGUGAGAUGUGUAUUUCAGUGUGCCACCCCAGUUGUGACAAUGAUGUAAAAUAUGUGAGAGAUGUGUGUGAGCUUUGUACGAACAUUUAUAUCUUAAUGUAAAUAAGAAAUAAACUAUACAUGAAUUGA